GUCCUGUUUAUAUAUAGAGAGAAGUAUUGCAGUUUAAGUUGAUAUUCUGUAUGAAACAGACUUGGUUGAAGAUUCGAACCAAUUGAAAAAGAAGGCGCCCAGGCAGCCAGGAAUGUGGAAAAUCAUUGGUGCAUCGUGCAGCUUAUUAUACCUUCGUUGAAGUUGCCAAAGCCUUACAGCAACGUUGCAUCUUAACUGGUCUGUUCCCUUUUUCCAGUAAUUCAGAGACUGGAAUCCAUGGAAGCGAAGGUUAUCUCCAGUGGAAUCCGACACUCAAGCCUCCCUAGAAGUUACAUCCGUCCUCAAUCUGAAAGGCCGAGGUUAUCUGAAGUUGCCGACUGUGAGAAUGUUCCUGUGAUUGACUUGGGUUGUGGAGACAGGAGCCUAAUAAUCAAACAAAUAGGCGAUGCAUGUUGCGAAUACGGCUUUUUUCAGGUGAUCAAUCAUGGAGUAUCUAAGGAAACAAUCCAGAAAAUGCUAGCAGUGGGUCAUGAAUUUUUUAGUUUACCGGUGGAAGAGAAAAUGAAGUUGUACUCUGAUGACCCGUCCAAGACAGUGAGAUUGUCUACAAGUUUUAAUGUGAAGAAGGAGACUGUUCAUAAUUGGAGAGAUUAUCUCAGGCUUCACUGCUAUCCAUUAGAGAAAUAUGUACCCGAGUGGCCUACCACUCCCUCUUCUUUUAAGGAUAUUGCCAGCAAUUAUUGUAUGGAAGUUCGACAUCUCGGGUUCAGAUUGCAGGAGUUAAUAGCAGAGAGCCUUGGAUUAGAAAAAGAGAGCCUCAAGAAUGUGUUGGGAGAACAAGGGCAACACAUGGCCGUCAACUACUAUCCACCAUGCCCAGAACCCGAACUAACUUAUGGAUUGCCAGCACAUACGGAUCCCAAUGCCCUAACCAUUCUCCUUCAAGACUUGCUAGUUGCGGGUCUUCAAGUUCUGAUGGAUGGCAAAUGGUUAGCAAUAAAACCCCACCCGGAUGCUUUUGUCAUCAAUAUUGGUGAUCAGUUGCAGGCGCUGAGUAAUGGAAAAUAUAGAAGUGUUUGGCAUCGAGCUAUAGUAAAUUCAGAUAAAGCAAGAUUGUCAGUAGCUUCCUUCCUCUGCCCGUGUGAUAGUGCAAUGAUCGUUGCACCAAAGGAUCUUAUAAACGAUGGAUCUCCAUCCAUUUAUCGGGAUUUCACAUACGCGGAGUAUUACAAGAAGUUCUGGAGUCGGAACCUUGACCAGGAACACUGUUUGGAACUUUUCAAGAACUAAAAUUGCUAUUUGGCCUCUAGAUUGCUGCUUUAUUUUCGUGCUCGCCUCACUGCAUCACACGGAUUGUGACAAGAAGUGAAUUUUAUUAGCUGAUGUCCUCCUUUUGUUUCUCUGAUUGCUCUAAUUAUGUUUGUCACCAGAUGAUAUUUUACUUCUGGUAUAGGAAUUUUGGAGUUUAUUUUUUCAUCAUAAACCAAAAAACGCGUGGUUUUUAUGCUCUUUGUUGAACCUUAUUAUUUGGCCAAGAAUGCAUUUUAGAUUGAUAUA